ACUUCUCGUAACCAAACGAAAGCCAAAUUACAAGCCAAUAAUAGAUAUCUCCAUAACGAAAGCCAGCGAGCUUCAAAAACCCUAAUCCCUGCAUGCUAAACCCUCCCCCACUGCCAUAGGUUUAUGUCUUCGACCCCCGGCGUUUCGGUGUUUGAACAGCUCACUAGCAUGCCCAAAACCCUAAUCAGCCAGAACCCACCUGUGGACCCUGCCCUUCUGGCCCUGAAGCCUCGCCAAGUUCUGCUUGCAAACCCAAGCACCAUGAGGAAGCCCUGCUCCGAUAAGGCCUCCUCCGGCACCCUAACUGCGGACCAGAAGCUCCUCCUCCUCGAGGCUGUUGCCCAUUUCUUGGACCGCAAUGGGUUCUCCAAGGCCCUAAAGAAGUUUCGAUCCGAAGCUCAAGUCGAGAAAGAUGGUUUGAAGGGUUCAGCAUUGGAUUUGGAAGAGAUUUACUCCAAGUAUCUGGAGGUGUGGAAUGAUUCCAACACAAAAGUCAAGUUCCAGAAUGAGCAACAAAUAAAGAAUGAUGACAUCAUUAAAAGAGAUGGUGAACGUGCCUCCACUGUGGCUUUGGAAAAUGGAAGUAAGAAAAAUAGAAAAAGUAGUGAGGGCAAUAAAUGUGAUGUUGUCAGUCAAUCUGAAACCACAGUCCCUCAUUCUAAAAAUUCCAAGGAGAAGCUAACAAAUGGUGCAGCCCCAGAAUCAAAUGUAAGAUCUAAAGAAAUGAAAGAAGGCAAGAAGAUUUCUGAUUCUCUUGUGCAAGGAACUAGAUCACUUGUGGAGGAACCUGGUAAGAAAAGAAAGGAGAAAGAGAAAAAGAAAAAGAAAAGCAACUCAGAUUCUGGAUCUUUUAUUAAUUAUGUAGAACAUUAUCAAUUGGAAUCACUGCCUGUAGCAAUUGAAGAAAAACCUAAUGAAAUGGUACUCUCAGAAGGCCAAUGUGUUGGUGAGGACACGGAGAAGACAUUGAAGCAUAAGAAGAAAAAGAAAGAUAAGCCUAUUUCCGAUUCUCUUGACAACGCCAAGCAAGGUGGCUUGGAUGGAAAGCAAGGGGUAGUUUCUACAACAUUUAAGGAUGCAGAGUGUUCAAGAGAUCCCCAAGCCAAUAAUUCAGGCUCUACUCUGGAAGUGAGCAGUGCCAAAUCCAAAAGUAAAAAGAAAAAGGUGGAUGGUUCGGUUUCUGAAAGUUUACUUAGUGCAGAUUCAAAGGAUAUUGAGAUAAGAGAUGCAAAUGGAAAGAAUGAGAAAAAGAAAGAAUGUAAGACGCCAGAUGAGGAUGCUGCUAACAAUAUAAGAGAAGUUCCAAAAAAAAGAAAGAGAUUUAGUUCUGAAGAAAACGAUUUCCAACCUGUUGACAAAAAGGCAGCUGAAGAACAGAAACUUAGGAAGGUAGAAGGUUUGGAAGACUCUGAGAGAAGUGAGCAAGAAGCCAUGGUCAAUGCAUCCCUAGGAAGUGAUAAAAGUGCUGAAAAAGCAUUUGGAAACCUUGAAAAAAAUGGAAAGGAACCUGCCUUUCAGAAAACCAAGAAGCAACGUAAUGGUUCAGUUGAGCCAAAGACAGGGAAUGCAUUCCAGCGGGUAAAAUCUGAUGAGGUGGUAUUUACUGAUGAGAGGCUUAAAGAUAAUUCUUACUGGGCAAAGGAUGGUGCAGAAAGUGGCUAUGGUGCGAAAGCACAAGAAAUUCUUGGGCAAGUUAGGGGACGGGAUUUUCGUCAUGAAAAGACCAAGAAGAAGCGUGGGACUUACAGAGGAGGGCAGAUCGAUUUGCAAUCACACUCCAUUAGGUUCAAUUAUUCAGACGAUGAGUGACCAGAAAUAUUUCUUUGCUAGACAGGUCUCUGCUUUUUAUUCUUUCCAUUGAUUUUGAUCGUAUAAAUGGGAACACUACUUUCUUUUCCAA